GGGUGGAUCGUUCAACCGAUGUCUUGUUUUAUGUGUCGUCGCGUAUUCACAUCGUGUAACUCUAACGUGAUUCAACGUCGCUGCGCAUUCCCAUUGUAUCCCGUGAACCGUGCGUCGCUUUUCCUCUCGGUGUCUCUUUGUGAAACGAGUACAAAGCGAGUGGCCGGAGGACUCGAAGAAAGUGACCAGUGCAAGUGUGCGUGCGCGUCGACUGUAGCCCGUCUUGUGUUUUCGUUUUUUUCUCUCCGUUUUUCUUUUCCGAGAGCAGUGAAUAAUAGUGCGUACAGGCUAUGACCUGGGAUACCGCUGGAUAUACCUGAGGAUAACGGAGACAUAUCCAUUACUCCUGACAGGACUUCGUCGUGACGGGAGGGAGCAACAUAACCUCUUUGAGGGCUCUCUGACGAUAAGAUGUACCCCACUGCCGGUAUAAACGCAGCGGCAGCUGUGGCAGCUGCGGCACGGCACCCGGGUCCACCGCAGCCCGGACAGCAGAUUAAAUUCACAGUCGGAGAGUCUUGCGAUAGGAUCAAAGAAGAAUUUAAUUUUUUGCAGAACCAAUGUCACGCCUUGAAACUCGAGUGCGAGAAACUGGCCACGGAGAAGAUCGAGAUUCAACGACAUUACGUGAUGUACUACGAGAUGUCGUACGGCCUAAACGUGGAGAUGCACAAACAGGCCGAAAUAUCGAAGAGACUGAACGCCAUCAUCGGGCAGAUACUGCCGUUUCUCUCGCAGGAACACCAGCAGCAGGUCGCCUCCGCUGUCGACAGAGCGAAACAGGUCACGAUGUCGGAGCUGAAUUCCAUAAUAGGGCCGCUCUUUCUGUUUCAGCAACAGAGACCCGAUAUACCAAGGUUGAUACAGCAAAUGCAUGCUCAGCAACUGCCACAGGGGACAGCGAUAGGCGCUCAUCCUGGCCUACCCGGACUUCCGGGACUAGGGCCAGCUGCUGGACUUCCGGUGCCGACUUCCGCCUCUGCUGCUCUUAUUGGUAUUGGCCUGACGCCGGGAGCCGCCACAGCACCCGGUACAACGGCGGCUCAUCCACUUUCGAUGCUUGGUAAACCGGAACUGCACCGUGGUCAGCCCGACGAUUUAAAAAGCAACGGUGGUCUCAGCUCGACCGAGGAGAGACACAGAAGCUCGAUAUCGCCUGGCGAUAAGUACAGUCGUCCACGGACACCGCAGGAGACGCACCAUUCCCAUCAUUCUCAGAAUCACCAUGACCAUCCCAUGCACAUCAAGAAAAUGAAAAAGGAACAGGAUAAAGACAUCGGUCACAGCGACGGCGAGAAAAGCGAUCAGGAUCUAGUCGUGGACGACGCGAGCGAGGGACCAACCAGUCCGGUGGUGAAUGGCACGUCGUCCCCUCGGGAAAACGGUUUGGACAAAGUGGUGCCAGCGAUGGGUGCCGGGGUUCAGACGAAGAAGGACGUGCCACCUCACUCGCCCAGGAGUGGAACCAGCAGCAACGCCAGCACACCGUCAGCGAAGAAGAUGGAGGAACGGGAGAAGCCAACGACACCGAUCUCGAAACCGAUGACGCCAACCUCGGGCUCCGCGCUGGGUGGAUCUGGUCUGAAGCCCUCAGGAUCGGCCAAGAUACACCAGGGACCACCGCCUCCUGGCGUACCGAGCGCCUAUCCGCCACACUAUCCACCCGGUCCGCCGCCGCACCAUCUGGGACCAGCUGGCCAACAUCCACACGUCGACAUGAUGAGUUAUAAUGGCUACGUGGCGCCUAGAGCACCACCUUCGCUACAGCAAUUGUACGACCCCCAUGUGGCUAUGAGGACUACCAUGGGAUCGGUCGGUGUACCCGGAGGCAAACCUGCGUACAGCUUCCACGUGUCGAGCGAGGGCCAGAUGCAGCCGGUGCCCUUCCCACCGGAUGCGCUGAUCGGACAAGGGAUACCGCGUCAUGCGAGGCAAAUUAAUACUCUCAGUCACGGGGAGGUCGUGUGCGCCGUCACGAUCUCGAAUCCGACCAAGUAUGUGUACACCGGCGGCAAGGGAUGCGUCAAGGUCUGGGACAUUGGACAGGGCGGUACAGGAAGCACGAAGUCGGUAUCGCAACUCGACUGUUUGCAGCCUGAUAACUACAUCAGGUCGGUGAAACUGCUACCAGACGGCAGGACGCUGAUAGUCGGAGGCGAGGCGAGUCGACUGAGUAUCUGGGAUCUGGCCAGCCCGACGCCGAGGAUCAAGGCCGAAUUAAUCUCUUCCGCCCCCGCCUGUUACGCUCUGGCCAUCUCGCCGGACUCGAAGGUCUGCUUCAGCUGCUGCAGCGACGGCCACAUCGCCGUCUGGGAUCUCCAGAAUCAAACGUUGGUCAGACAGUUCCAAGGUCACACGGACGGCGCCUCCUGCAUCGACAUCUCCGCGGACGGCUCGAAACUGUGGACAGGCGGUUUGGACAACACGGUCCGCUCGUGGGACCUUCGCGAGGGCAGGCAGCUACAGCAACACGACUUCACCUCCCAGAUAUUCUCCCUCGGCUACUGUCCCACGGGAGAAUGGCUGGCCGUGGGCAUGGAGAACUCGAACGUCGAGGUCCUGCACGCCACCAAACCGGACAAGUAUCAGCUGCACCUGCACGAGUCCUGCGUUCUGUCUCUGAGAUUCGCGUCCUGCGGCAAAUGGUUCGUCUCCACUGGCAAGGACAAUCUUCUGAACGCGUGGCGUACGCCCUACGGUGCAUCGAUAUUCCAGUCGAAGGAAUCGUCGUCGGUGCUGAGCUGCGAUAUAUCUGCGGACGACAGGUACAUUGUUACCGGGUCUGGUGACAAGAAGGCGACCGUCUACGAGGUCAUGUACUGAACGAGACCGCAACGGAACACCGAAAUCAUUCUCGAAGGUGAACUCUUCUUAACGUGGGUGUACAUAGUUCUUAUACGACAUUGUGAGAGACAUUUUGUUGCUGUUGUUCUUGUUAUUGUUGUUGUUGUUACACUUGGCAAAGAAAGGACCCGUGCAAGAACGAGCCGAACGAACCAGGACGACGAUUCUACGAUCUGAGAAUGGUGAUUGAACGUAAACGCUUGAACGGGCAAAAAAAAAAAAAAGAAAAAUCGUUCGAUUCCGGGGGGGGGAUCAAAUAGACAAAAAGGAGAAUAAAUGAUAGAAGAUAUUUCAGAUAUCGACGACGAUGGAAAUGAUAGUUUCGCGUCCGAAUCAACGUAUUAUCCGGAUCAAUAGACUUUUUUCCGGUCAGUCAUUUUUAUCAAAGAGAGUCUUGAAUUAAGUUCGUUCCGCUCGUUGCGCGUAAUCGCCUUUGGCGGCGAGACCGCGAAUUAAUUAGAAUAAACGCUGGCAUUCGUAUCGCGUUCCCUCUGUACAUUUUGUAUAUACGUAUACAUAUUAUAUAUUAUAUAUCAGUCUUUAAGUAUACCGUCAUAUUUUUCUACGUCCCCUAAAAGUGAGACGGAAAGCGAGUUAAUAAAGGAAACAAAAUGAAUCGUGUAAAUAUUUGUCAGGCUUAGAGAAUAUAACAGAAAUCGAGACGAGAGACGAUUAAAUAAAAAGUGAUA